AUGGCCGCUGCCCGCACCCAACAUGGCCGCCGGCGCCUCAGGGCCCGCCCCGCGCGCAUGCGCGGCGCCAUGCUGAGGGCGCUGCUCCGGGAGCCGCCGCCAUGGCGGCUCCGCUGCCCCCCGCCCGGCCUGAGGGGCCCGGCCCGCACCGCCCCGGGGCCUCUCUGUCUGUCCGCCCGCCCGGCCCGCACCGCCCCGCGGCCUCUCUGCGGGCCUGCCCGCCCGGCCUGCACCGGCCAGGGACAGCGCUGGGGCCCGGCCCGCCCGCUGUGCACCGCCCCGGGGCCGCCGGCGGCCACGCACUAUCGCCUGGUGUACACCUGCAAGGUGUGCCAGACCCGCUCAGCCAAAUCAAUCUCUAAGGCUGCCUACCACCGCGGGGUGGUGAUCGUGACCUGUCCCGGCUGCGGGAACCACCAUGUCAUCGCCGACAACCUGGGCUGGUUCUCCGACCUGCAGGGAAAGAGGAAUAUCGAGGAGAUCCUGGCAGCCAGAGGGGAGGAGGUGAGACGUGUGGCUGGUGAGGAAGCGCUGGAGCUGCUGCUGGAGAGCUCGGCAGAGCCCGGGCCCCGAGGGCAGCUGGCAGAGGGGGACGACAAGGAGGCCCCCCCAGAUGCUGGCAGCAAGGGACACACCUGACACGAGGGAUUGUGGCCUGUGGGACACACCUGACACGAGGGAUUGUGGCCUGUGGGACAGAUGUGGAAUUUGGGACAUUCCGCUUGUGGCAGGAGACUCUUCACCUUUGUUCCCUGAUUUCAACUGUUUCUAAAAUAAACUGGGGUGUUGGGUUUUC